AUGCCGGAAUACACAGUCGAGGAACAAGGACGCAGUUUGUUCAACGGUAACUUGGGCGGCGACUACGGCAAGAUGAACCAUCUUGCUGAAACGAUCGACGAAGAUCAGGACACUCCGGGGCUUGGACAGAGCCUGCAGGUUUAA